AUGAAGCCUUCCUGGACAGCAAUUGCUGCCAAAAGGCAAAUAUGUGUUCAAUAUGGAUCACACUCAAGCACUUUCCGCCAUAAUACCCCUCAAAGAUGCGCCUCGACAUGUUUACGAGCGCAAUUCCCUCCAGUUCUUUCGAGAUCCUCGAUUUCCGGUCCGCAAAGUUGGCAAGCUUUCUUCACAGCAACAAGUUCUACACAGAACUUAAACCGCCCAACCGAUAUCUCGAUUCGGAGUUUCUCCAGCUCAUCAGCUGUUCGAAACUCAACUGAACAACACAAAGCUACGGUCAAGCAAAUCUCGAAAACUGUGCGCGGGUACUUCAAACGAGGCGAAAAGUUCCGAAUCUUCCACGGCUCGACAAACAGCACACGCCCAGGCAUCAAACGGAAUUUGGUGGACACCAGCACACUUUCGAACGUUCUAAACGUCGACGUCAAAAAGAAAACAUGUCUCGUCGAGCCCAACGUCCCCAUGGACAGACUAGUCGAAGCUACAUUGAAACAUGGCCUCGUCCCCCCGGUUGUAAUGGAAUUUCCAGGAAUUACAGUAGGAGGAGGCUAUUCUGGAACAUCCGGUGAAAGCAGUAGCUUCAAACACGGCUUCUUCGACCGAACGAUCAAUUCCGUGGAGAUGGUAUUGGCCGACGGAGAAGUAACGACGAUUUCACCAACCGAGAAACCAGAUCUAUUCAAUGGAGCAGCAGGGGCAGUAGGAACAUUCGGAGUCACAACUCUGGUAGAACUUCAACUCCAAGACGCAAAGAAAUACGUAGAAACGACAUACCAUCCCGUAACCAGCAUGAAAGAAGCGAUUCAAAAACUCCAAUCCGCAACAACCGACCCAUCCCUCGAUUACAUAGACGGAAUAAUGUACUCCCCAACCAGCGGCGCUAUCAUCACCGGCCGCCUAACAGACACGCACAUCUCAUCCCUCCCCAUCCAAACAUUCAGCAAACCCUGGGAUCCGUGGUUCUAUCUUCACGUCCAAACGCACCUCUCAUCUGGCCCCGUCACCGAGCUCAUUCCCCUCCCCGAAUACCUCUUCCGCUACGACCGUGGCGGUUUCUGGGUCGGCGCAUCCGCAUUCAAAUACUUCAAGUUCCCAUUCAACCGCUUCACACGCUGGUUCCUAGAUGAUUUCCUGCAUACGAGGAUGAUGUACACGGCUCUCCACGCUAGCGGACAGUCAAAACGGUAUAUCGUCCAAGAUCUCGCUCUUCCUUACACUACAGCUGAGGAAUUUGUCGAGUACACGGAUGCCGAGUUCGGGAUUUGGCCGCUGUGGUUGUGUCCGCUGAAACAAAAUCCAGCGCCGACUAUGCAUCCUCAUUAUAAGGCGCCUGAUGGAAGUUUACCGCAAAUGCUGAAUAUAGGACUCUGGGGCGAUGGACCAGAUAACCCCUCUGAAUUCAUCGCCAAGAACCGCGAUUUGGAACAAAAGUUAAAAGAGCUUGGCGGGAUGAAGUGGUUUUACGCGCAUACUUAUUACGAUGAAAAAGAAUUCUGGGGCAUGUUUGAUAAGGGGUGGUAUGAGGCGCUGCGAAAGAAGUAUAAGGCUGAGGGGUUGACGAGUGUGUAUGAGAAGGUCAGGGUGGAUGUUGGGAAAGAGGUAGAGGAGAAGUCGUGGAGGACGAGGUGGCCUUGGAGUGGGUUUUAUGGGAUUUGGAAGGCGAUUCAGAGUAAGAGUUAUGUUGCUGCUAGGGCGAGUGAGUGGAAGAAGUAUGGGAGGUGA